ACAAUAUGGCAGCGCUCAUGAGCAAUAACAUAACAGUCAAAUCAUUAUAUCAUGUCAGAAGAGGAGGAACCAGAUUGUGGCCGAUUUUUUCGAGCUUAAAGUUUAAUCCGGAAAAUUUAUCACCAGUGAUAUGCUCGAGAUGCAGCAAGUACUACAGUACACAGCAGUCAGAAGACAAAGUUAAACCUCCAGCACGCCUGCGAAGAUUUCUGCUAGACAAACUAGUAAAUUUUAUAACCAACUCUUCUGAUCAGCUGGAGAAGAGAAUACCAAGUGUCUUUCAAGUCUAUAGAACAUUUAAAACAGGUGUGUCAGGGUUUGUGUCCGACACAAAAAGCUAUUACAAGAUCUCAACAAGGCUUUGGUCUGGAGAAAGUCUGGAGAAUUUUUCCAGGAAAGAUUUAGAACUUUACAGACAAUUUUCUACAGAUCUGCCAGUUGUGGGUUUAAUUUUUGUGAUAGUUUUUGCACCUGGAGGUGCAGCCAUUUUCCCACUUGCCUAUGUAUUUCCUCGUUAUCUUCUGUCCCAACACUUCUGGACACCACAGCAGAAGGUGGAGUUUCGAACCCUAGCCAUCAGGAAACAGCUGAAGCACUACGACGGUGUUUUAGACUACAUGCACCUGCUUAGCCAGCACAUAGAACACAAACCAUCUGCUGAGAAUGUCAGGAAACUUAUUAGCAAGUUGGAUUCCAAAGUUGUGUUGUCUAAUGCAGAAAUCCUAGAGACUUUGCCACUGUUUGAAGGGAAGCCAUUCAACAUGGAAUGCCUAUCUAUAAGACAUUCAAGACAUCUAAGCAAAUCUCUAGGACUCUCAGUCAGGAGGAAAAAGUUGAUCAAAGAUGCUCUGUUUUUACACUUCAUUGAUAAAGCCAUGCAGAGGGAAGGUAUUGAUAUAAUGGAGGAAGAAGAAUUGGACAAGGCAUGUUACUGGAGAGGGUUAAACCCCAGUGGUUUAAGCAAACAAGAGAAAGCUCAAUAUCUAAACAAGUGGAUUGACAUUAGUGGACACAUACAUGAGAAAAGCAUAUCACUCCUGCUGCACCUUCCUGUCUUGUUGAGCUACUGCCACCCCAAGAAUCAGACACUGAUGGCAACUAAGACAAUCAACAGAGGAAACAUUGACAGCUACUGAAGAGGUCGCUGUCUGGGAGGAAGUAGAUCUGUUUGAGAUGAGGAUGGUGUCUUGUAUUGUAGUUCAUAUUUUGAUUUCUUCAUAGCAGCAGCAAUAUUUCACUCCUUUGCUAAUUAUUUUUGACUGCUUUUUGUACUAAAAACCAGGUGCUGUUUAGUUUAUUUUUUCUUAUGUGAUUUGGGUAUGUUUAAUAUGAUAAAAAUCAACAUAAAAACUCAAGAUUAUAUGUAGUACAUAAGUCUUGGUUUUUGUCUCUUCUGAUUUAAUUUACAUGACACAUACCCAGGCUUCAAGUUUUGAUUAUUUUAUGUUUGGCUUGUGAAUUUCCCAGCAGUGUUUUAUUUUCUCAUUCAGUCUCACUGUUUAGCAGUACAAUGUUUCUCAAUCUUUUUGUUGUGUUCCCAUUGCUAAUAAUAAUACAGUUACGUAUAAUGAUUACUGAAUCAUAAAUAGAUAGUGCUGGAAUCAUAAAUAGAUAGGUGCUAUCAACAUCCUACUGCCAGGGAGUCUGUCAACUGCCUUGAUGUUGUAUCUAGUUCUAUUGUCCAUUACAGUGUGUUUAAGUGCAUACAUUGUUUAAAAUAAAAAUGUAUUAAUACUGAAGUCAUAAUAAGUGGAAACUACUGUUCAUGACAAUAUCUGCAAUUACUUCUCCUAACAUAACCUUACUUUACUUAUGCUUUUAUUUGAAAACAAUGUAAUGCAUUUACUUACUUCAUGUAUAGUCUUUUCUGUUCAUUUUAUAUUAUUUUCUACUUAUUUUAUUCAUAAAAAUACAAGCAAAUUAUGUAUUUGUUUGUGUAAUGUGUUAUUCGAGCUAUUUAUAUUUUAAUUGACUUAUAUGAACAUACUUACCUCAAGAUUUUAUCAGUUUUCGGAUUUCGAAGGAUGCAUUAUUAAUGAUAGAGGAUGCUCUACUGCAGGGGUUCCCAACCUUUUUUGACUCUAGAGCACAUUCUAAAAUAUCGAUAGGGUGGCGGGCACCACCUAUUUUAAAUCGACAAACUCCUUCCAGAGGCGUAGCAACCCUUCCCGUCACCCGGGGACAAAACUUUCGAUUUGCACCCCCCCCUCUCAAAUUUUCGAUUUGCACCCCCCCCCCCCCUCAAAUUUUCGAUUUGCACCCCUCUCCCCUCAAACUUUUGAUUUCCAUCCCCUUCAACCUUUCAAUAAUGUUUAUGUAAAAAAUUCUGUCUCUGUCGAAUAGUGAGAGGCGGGCACAUACGAAUCGUUCGGCGGGCGCCAUGGCGCCCGCGGGCACGGGGUUGGGAACCCCUGCUCUACUGUAUGUUGUAUGCAAUGAUAACAGAGGUUUCACUGUUUGUUCUAUAACAAUUUUAAACAUGGUAAUCUCAGACACUUUCUACUUGUUCACAUUUAUCACCAGUUUCACAGCUGCUUGUGUCAUAGCUGCCUCCAAGAGCAGGGUUAG